GCAGGGCAGGUGCGGGGCUGAGUGCUCGGCGGGGGAUGCAGUGCUCGGGCGCAGCAUGCUGUGGGGGGUGGGCUUGGCGGCGCCCCGCUCCUGCGUGGCGGACCUGAGCCGCAACCGCAGCCUGUCGCUGGGGUGGUGUGCGGGGCCCGAGGAGCCGCCGCCCGCCUUCUAUGGGGGCGAGAUCGUCGCCUUCCCGCUGGCGGGCGGGGGCGCGGGCGGCACCAUGGCGGCGUUGGGCCCCGACUCCUGGUGGAAGAAGACGUUGUACCUGACGGGCGGCGCGCUGCUGGCCGCCGCCGCGUACGUGAUCCACGAGCUGCUGGCCAUACGGAAGGAGGAAGAGCUGGAUUCGAAAGAUGCUAUCAUACUGCACCAGUUUUCAAGGCCUACCAAUGGUGUUCCAAGUUUAUCUCCAUUCUGUCUGAAAAUGGAAACUUACUUGAGGAUGGCUGAUCUGCCCUACCAGAACUAUUUUGAUGGAAAACUUUCCCCUCAAGGGAAAAUGCCUUGGAUUGAAUACAAUCACACUCAAGUAUCUGGCACUGAGUUCAUUAUUGAUUUUUUGGAAGAGAAACUUGGAGUGAAUUUGAAUAAACACCUCGGUCCACAUGAAAGAGCUGUUUCCAGAGCCGUGACAAAAAUGGUGGAGGAGCACUUGUACUGGACUUUAACUUAUUGCCAGUGGGUGGAAAAUCUUCAUGAGACGCAGAAGAUGGUUUCGCUUUUUGGCCCCUUCAGUGACUUGCUGAAAUGGAUCCUGUGCCAUCUGACCAAAGGGAUUGUGAAGCGGGAGAUGUUUGGCCAUGGCAUUGGCCGCUUCUCAGAGGAGGAGAUGUACACGCUGAUGGAGAAGGACAUGCGGACUCUAGCAAGUCUCCUGGGUGACAAGAAGUACAUUAUGGGACCAAAGAUUUCCACUGUUGAUGCCACUGUCUUUGGGCAUCUGGCACAGGCAAUGUGGACACUACCAGGGACUCGACCAGAGAGACUAAUCAAAGGUGAACUGAUCAACCUUGCUAUGUAUUGUGAAAGAAUAAGGAGGAAAUUUUGGCCAGAAUGGCACCAUGAUGAUGAUAACACUCUGUAUGAAUCUGAGGAAAGCAGUGAAGCAAGCAAGACGUACUCCCCUUUGCAGGACUUCAGUUUUUAUUCAAGGACAGAAACCUUUGAUGAGGAAGGGAAUAGUAUUUCUCAAACCCCUGACACGGAUUACACUGGACACUCCCUCUUUGAUUCGGAUGUGGACAUGGAUGAGUACAGAGAUUAUGAACAGCACAAGUGAUGUGUACAGGCAUAUCCCAUUUUACAGAUAAGCUGUUUCUUGGGAUCAGUCUGAUUUAUUUUCUCCUCCAGGUCAGGAAGAAGUUUAUACCACUUCAGAAGAGACCAUUGUGCUUGUCUCAGCUGUCACAUGCUACCUGGACUAUUUCAACCUUAUUUCAUUUUGUGUAACUAUUCAGGUGGAACCAAGGUAAAGCGUUAUUUAAAACAAACACAGGCAAACUGGGGGUCCAGAGGGCAACAGGACCUUUCAAUGACCUGCAUUUUUGUUUGUGUUCAAAACCAGAUCCUGCAGCCAGGUGGGACAGACCUCUGGGAAGUGGAGCAUUUGUCAGAGCUAGUUUGUGUUGAUACAUUCUCUUUACAGGAAUGCACUGAGGACAAAAAUGGAAGAAGCAUGACUGGCACAUCUUUCUCCCAAGGAAGGAAAAGAUUGAUGCUGUGUUGAAAAGUACCUUUGGGUGUGGGUUGACGGCUGGCUGAACGUGAAGAGCAUCUUGGCUAGUAUCAGAAGUAGCGUAGCCAGCAGCACUAGGGAAGUGAUUGUCCUCUUGUACAAGGUGCUGGUGACAAAUCCUGUGUUCAGUUUUGGGGCCCUCACUACAAGAAAGACACUGAGGUGCUGGAGAGUCUCAUUCCUGCCUAAAGAACAGCAAUGAAGCUGGUGAAGGGCCUGGAGCACAAGUCUUAUGAGGAACAGUUGAGGGAAAUUGGGGUUGUUUAGUUUGGAGAAAAGGAGGCUUGGGAGAGACCUUGCUGCUCUCUACG